GGCAGCUGACGUCAAAAAGGGCAAUGGAAUCCGGGGGCUUACUUUCACGAUGCAUCCCUUCUUUGUUUUCGAUAUUAGAAAGCAGGCUGGGCUUCGUGUGUUGUCACUAGAACCUCGAUAGAACGUCUCACUUUGUACGAAUAGCGUCGACCGUAUUGCUCGUCUCGAAUAAAUCGCAUCCACCCUUCCACGACCCUCGCUCGUAACCCCGACAAGCACCGACCAGCACCAACAGCCACGAUGUCGCAGACGUACACCCGCGCCGAGGUCGGCAAGCACAACACCGAAGACUCGCUGUGGUUCAUCAUCGACAGCAAGGUAUACGACGUGACGGACUUCGUGGACGCGCACCCGGGCGGCGAGUCCGUGCUGCGGCAGGUCGGCGGCCAGGACGCCACCGUCGCCUUCUACAACCUGCACCGGCACGAAGUAUUGAGCAAGUACGAGGACCUCUGCGUCGGCACGCUCGAGGGCGAGGCGCCGCAGGUCGUGACGCCGAAGCCGGGCGACCUGAGCCUGGUGCCGUACGCGGAGCCGCUGUGGCUCACGCCCGCCUACAAGAGCCCGUACUACAACGACAGCCACCGGCGCCUGCAGAAGGCGAUGCGCGUCUUCACCGACACGUACAUCACGCCGGAGGCGCAGCAGCGCGAGCUCGACGGCAAGAAGAUCAGCCAGGAGCUCGUCGACCGCAUGUCCGCCGUCGGCAUGCUGCACAUGCGGCUCGGCCCCGGCAAGCACCUGCACGGCGUCGAGCUGCUGGGCGGCGCCGUGCGCGGCGACGAGUUCGACUACUUCCACGACCUGAUCAUGGCGCAGGAGGGCGUGCGCGCCAACGCGCGCGGCUUCCAGGACGGGCAGCUGGCGGGCAUGGUCAUCGGCCUGCCGUGCGUGAUGAACUACAUGAAGGACCAGAAGCGCAAGAAGGCCAUCAUGGACGAGGUGUUCAGCGGCAAGAAAUACAUGUGUCUGGCCAUCACCGAGGCCUUCGCCGGCUCCGACGUCGCGGGCCUGCGGACGACGGCUACUAAGACGCCCGACGGCAAGCACUACAUCGUCAACGGCACCAAAAAAUGGAUCACCAACGGCGUGUUCUGCGAUUACUUCAUCACCGGCGUGAAGACGGAUAAGGGCCUGAGCGUGCUGAUCAUCGAGCGCGGAGAGGGCGUCGAAACCAAGCCUAUCAAGACUUCGUAUUCGCCCGCCGCCGGCACCGCGUACAUCACCUUCGACAACGUCAAGGUCCCGGUCGAGAAUCUUCUCGGCGAGGAGAACAAGGGCAUCUACGUGAUCCUCAGCAACUUUAACCACGAGCGGUGGACCAUGGCCUGCGCCACAAUCCGACAAUGCCGGACGAUCGUCGAAGAAUGCCUCAAGUGGUCGCACCAGCGCCUCGUCUUCGGCAAGCGGCUCAUCGAGCAGCCCGUGAUCCGGCAGAAGCUCGCCAAGAUGAUCGCGCUCGUCGAGGCCAACCAGUCCUGGCUCGAGACCAUAACCUACCAGAUGUGCAACAUGCCCUACAAGCAGCAGGCGCAGCACCUCGGCGGGCCCAUCGGCCUCCUGAAGAUGAGCAUCACGCGCGCGGCCCACGAGAUCGCCGACGAGGCUGUUCAGAUUUUCGGUGGCCGCGGGUUGACGCAGUCCGGCAUGGGCCGCGUUGUCGAGAUGUUCCACCGCACGUAUAAGUUUGACGCAAUCCUCGGAGGCUCAGAGGAGGUUCUUGCCGAUCUAGGUGUGCGCCAGGCCAUGCGACAGAUGCCUAAUGCCAAACUAUGAGUUGAAUUCCCUGGGAAAUUUAGUUGUUAAGACUAUAAAGCGGUCUGAAAUCGACUUAGGAGAGAUUCGACAAAGUAAGUUGAAGAAUUUGUAGAGAGCUCCUGUAUAUAUAAUGGAAUGUAGUGGGGGAAGCGCCAUAGCAUAAGCCACGGAGUAACGGUAAAAACUCGAAUUUGCAAUCCAGAUUAUCAAGAAGUCCAAACAUUCAUACCUUACAAUGGCCUCAAAAUGCUUGAUGUAUUAUGGCGAUAUGACGAG